AUGGCUAGUCCGUGUAGCCUUUCUGGCGAGGAUGCUGGCGAAGCAAAUGCUGCUGCGCAAAAAUUAGCCACGUUGGAGAUUGUGGGUGAAGGUGAUGCUAGUGCAGGACUGCCACCCCAUCGAUCACACGAUCCCUCUAAAAACCAGAAACGGACAGAUCCCUUCCAGUUCGGAAGCCGAUACCUGGCCGAAGGGGACGACGUGUUCGAGUUCAAUGCUUGGGACCACGUCGAGACUGACGAAGCAUACAAAGAACACGCUGAGCGCCAGUAUGAGAUGCAACGCCAGUCCCCUGUGUCCGACUUUGACAAGAACAGAUUUAACGGCAAUCCCGCCAAAUGGUGGAAUCAGUUCUACAAGAAUAACACGGCAAACUUUUUCAAAAACCGCAAGUGGCUUCAUCAGGAGUUCCCAGUCCUCGCCGAGUUGACAAAAGAGGAUGCCGGUCCCAAGAUCCUGUUGGAAAUUGGUGCUGGCGCUGGUAACACAGCAUUCCCAGUUCUUGCCAACAACAAGAACCCCAAGUUGAAGGUGCAUGCAUGCGACUUCUCCAAGACUGCUGUAGAAGUCAUGCGCAGUCAUGAGGCAUACGACACAAACCACGUCCAGGCUGACGUAUGGGAUGUCGCUGCGGACUGUCUCCCCCCUGGUGUUGAUGAAGGGACCGUAGAUGUUGUCAUGAUGGUGUUCAUUUUCUCCGCCUUGUCACCAACCGAGUGGGCACAGGCUGUUCGAAACGUGCAUAGAGUGCUAAAGCCCGGCGGCUUGGUCUGCUUCCGAGACUAUGGGAGAGGGGACCUUGCUCAGGUUCGCUUCCGAAAGGGGCGUUAUCUGGAAGAGAAUUUCUACAUCAGAGGAGACGGCACGCGCGUCUACUUCUUUGACAAGGAUCAACUGGCUGCCAUUUGGGCUGGCGAGGCUUCUGGCGAGGCUUCUACCCAGGACGGACAAAAGGCAGACGUGCCGCAAUUCGAGAUCGAGAACCUCGGCAUCGACCGGCGUCUGCUGGUAAACCGAGCGGAAAAGAUCAAGAUGUAUCGAUGCUGGCUUCAGGGCCGAUUUAGAAAGAAAGAAAUAGACCACAUGAUACCAUGA